AUGCGUCCAAGAUUGGAGAUCUGGAUCCUGCUGUGCGCAGCAGUUCUGGGGUUAGCAGCAGGCCAGGAGUCCCCACAGGGCGCAGGCCCGGCGCUUUUAUCGGAUGCAGAUGUGAGCCUACAGAAGUGGGCUGCCACGGCCGCCAUCCUGUCGCUGCAGACCACCGGCGGCAAUGAGGAGGCAGCGCUGCUCACCCUCGACACCUUGGAGAAGCUCACGCUGCAGGCGAUCAACGAUGCAGCCAAUGGCCGCCCCGAGGCCGCGCUCGAGCGGGUCAUCAACGACGCCACCAAUGUCGACCUUCCAGCCAACGCAACGGACGCGCUGGAGCGCUUGCAGAACAUUCCCACGGGGGGCGUCCCGAGCUUCGUCGGCCCGGCGCGCAUCGGCAACGCAACGACCUUCUUCAACGGUCUCCUCGUUGUCUCCGACCCGCGGCUCUUUGCGGACUCGUCGUCCAAGCUGCAGCAGAGCGCGCUCGGCGCAAUCUUGGCGGCCACCGGCAUCAACUACUCCCCCUGCCUCGCCGUCCUCGGCCCCGUCGGCGCGGCACUCUUCGCGCAAGCCAUCUCUAUUGGACCGACGCUCAUCCAGACGUCGUCGUCCGGCGGCGCGCUCGUGUCGAUCGGCGUGAACAUCGGCCCGACGCUGAUCAAUAUCGGCGUCGCGGACUCGGCCAACAUUGCGGCAGGGGUCUCGAUCACGCCGACGCUGAUCUCUGUGGCGCCGGUGCUGGAGGCGGCGGACAUUAAGACGGGUGUGAGCGUGGAUUCCACACCGCUCGAGUCGGUCAAGAUUCCGCGGCCGUGGCCGGAGCCGCCGCCCGCGCCGCCGCGGAAAAAUCCCCCGGACCCGCCGGAGCCCCCCAAGCCCUCACAGCCGCCGCAGCCGCCACAGCCGGGGCCCACUGUGCAGCCAUGA